AUGAUUCGUCCCACCUUUGUUGGAGCCAUAGAUCAGGGCACCACCAGCUCUCGGUUUCUCAUCUUUAACCAGAAGGGAGAGGUGGUUGCGACACAUCAGCUAGAGUUUAAGCAGUACUAUCCUCAUCCUGGUUGGCAUGAGCAUGAUCCUGAGGAGCUCAUCUCCUCCGUAGAAAUCUGUGUGGAUGGCGCUGUCGAGGAGUUUGAGAAGCAAGGCCACACGCGCGAGCAGAUUGUUGCCGUCGGCAUCACCAACCAGCGUGAGACGACUGUUGUUUGGGACAAGACGACCGGCAAGGCGCUGCACAACGCCAUUGUCUGGACCGAUGCCCGAUCUCAGGAGCUGGUCCGCAAGCUGAAGAACCGCAUUGGCGCUGGUGAACUGACCAGCCGGUGCGGCCUUCCCCUUUCCACGUAUCCUUCAGUCAGCAAGCUGCUGUGGCUCCUUGGAAAUGUCCAGGAGGUCAAGGAGGCGUAUGAGCGCGGCCAUCUUGCGUUUGGCACAGUCGACUCCUGGUUGGCAUUCAAGCUGAAUGGCGGAACAGCCCGCAACAUCCACGUCACAGACCCGUCCAACGCUUCACGGACAAUGUUUAUGAAUCUGGAGACACUGGAGUACGACGCAGAGCUCAUUGAUUGGUUCCGUCUGGACCGAAACAAGGUCAUUCUGCCCAGGAUUGUUCGCUCAUCAGAUACCGAGGCAUACGGCUCUCUGGCCACUACUUCACUAAAGGGCACCAAGAUCACGGGAUGCUUGGGCGAUCAGUCCGCCGCCUUGGUUGGCCAGAAGGGUUUCACAGCCGGUCUCGCCAAGAACACAUAUGGCACCGGUUGUUUUUUGCUCUACAACGUCGGCCCAAAGCCCGUCAUCUCAACUCACGGUCUCCUGACCACAGUUGCGUUUGACUUUGGCGAGGGCAAGAGAAUGUAUGCGCUGGAAGGCAGCAUCGCCGUUGCCGGAUCCAGCGUUCAGUUCUUGAAAAACAACUUUGGCUUUAUCGAGUCAUCCUCUGAACUCAGCGCCCUCGCUGAGGAAGUAGAGGACAACGGAGGCUGCACGUUUGUCACUGCUUUCAGCGGUCUCUUUGCCCCUUACUGGAUCGACGAUGCCCGAGGCACCAUUUUUGGUAUCACAUCUUACACCAAGCGUGGCCACAUUGCCCGCGCUACCCUCGAGGCCACAUGUUUCCAGACACAAGCCAUUCUGCGAGCCAUGGAGAAGGACAGCGGAAAGCCGCUGGCUGAGCUCGCCGUGGACGGUGGCAUGUGCAAUUCAGAUUUGAUCAUGCAGACUCAAUCUGAUUUCACCGGCAUUACCGUCAACAGACCGGGAAUGCGCGAAACGACAGCCCUUGGUGCUGCCAUCGCUGCAGGACUGGCCGUGGGUGUGUGGAACAGCUUCGAUGACUUGGAAAAGGUCAACAACGAGGGGCGAACCAUUUUCAAGCCUGCGAUUUCAGCGCAAGAGGCUGGCAAGAAGUUUGCCCGGUGGGAGAAGGCGGUUGAGAUGAGCAGGGGAUGGCUGAAUGAAGCAUAA